AUGGAUCCUCUUAAUAGUGAAUAUGAGAUAAUGAAUAAACAAUCGUUUGAAGAGAAAUCGAGUUACGCUUUACGUAGUUUGGAUGUUCAAGAGAAUAAUAAAGAACACUAUGACGAUGAUAAUGACCUAAAAGCUAUUUUGGAAGACAGGUACAAGUUUAGAAAUGAUGAAACUUCUACGAGAUUCAGGAUCGCAGAUGAUACGAGAACAUUUCCAGUGUUUCCUGAAAAUAACGACGAACGUCAUAUUGCGUGGGCCUUCCGAUCAUACGCUGUCCGGCGCAUCGUGGGAGGCAUGGAGACCAGUAUCAGCAUGUACCCUUAUAAUGUGGCGAUAUCCAGGAACGGCAAGCAUUGGUGUGGGGGCUCCAUCAUCGAUGAGCAGUGGGUGCUUACUGCUGGACACUGCCUGGAAUCAGCAUUUGAUGGUGAUAAAAGAAAAUUGCAGCCCUUUAUUAUCAGGGCUGGUAGUUCCUUUCACAACAGAGGUGGAUAUCAAGCAAGAGUAAAUAAGGUAUUUUUUCCCCACGAGUACACACCUGGAAAUGCAGACUUCGACUACUCACUGCUGCGCUUAGAUCGACCAAUGCCUAUCGGACGGAAUAUAGCCGUGUUGAAUUUACCGUCAAAAGAUUAUAUGAUAAAGGAGAAUGAUAUCCUCAUAGUGACGGGCUGGGGGAGCACGGAUGAAUCCGGUUACGGCCACAUCCCGGAGCGUAUCCGUUUCGUACCCGUCCCAGUGAUGACUAAAGAGGACUGUCAGAAGUCUUACAGGUUCUACAUCACACAGAGGAUGUUGUGCGCUGGUUACGCUACAGGGGGAAAGGAUGCUUGCAAUCAUGAUUCAGGCGGACCAGCAGUCCGAGAUGGUGUUCUUCUUGGCAUUGUCUCUUUUGGCGGCAAGCAAUGCGGAGAUCCCCGCUCACCUGGAGUCUACAGCCGAGUUUCGCAGGCUACCGAGUGGGUGGAAGAAACUAUCACUAAAAAUGAAGCUAAGACAGUACCCGAGCUUCUGCCAAAGAUACAGAAGGCGAGGCAGAGAGAGAAGGAGUUGCAGAAAUUCAAAGCCCGAGUAGAGGACAAGAAGAAUAAAAUCAAACACUGGCUCCGGGAGACGCUAAAGUCAUCGACAUUCAUAGAACUAGCCAAGAAUAAACUAAGAGAAGCAGGCUUUCAUACAAGACGAACCUUGAACAACGAAGAACCAAGCAGCGGUCUCGAUGACAGGGCUAUGGAUGAGAUAAACCUGACCAAUAUGAUUAAUGACAGGAUCAUUGAAGAUGAAGAAGGGACUGAGUCUGAAAAGUUGCUGAGAACGCUGGCGCUGCAUGAAGUCAUGUUAAACGAUGGUAGCAGCGAGGACGCUGUUCCAAAGGCCGGAGGUGAUAGCAGCGAUAGUAUAGAAAGUUUUAUUGCUUACAUUAGCGGCACGUAA